AUGAAGGGAGACCGCAAGGGAAAAAUCGGAGGGAAGGUCAAAAAGGAUGGAGAACGCGAUGGAGUCGCGAAGGGGAGGCCGUGGGAAGGGGACGGGGGGAGGGAUAGGAUGGGAUGGGGAUGGGAUGGCAUCACCGUUGCGGGCAAUUCACCGGGAGGAAAGACUUGUUCCUUCCAGAAUGGAAGUCCCUCCCUUUCGUUUUCCCCCCCAAAACGGGAACUGGCUGCUGUCCGGUCACGUGGGGGGCUGGAAUGCCCUUCUGGGCCUGCCGGACUUAUUUUCCUGCCUGGGAGUCACUGGCGGCAGCUUUUCCGAGAGCACCCAGUAGUCCCAGCCUUCAUGCCUCCUCACCUCCUCUUCCUCCCAUCCAAGCUCAAUCAACACCUUUUCCAGAUUCUGGACUUGCUGCCUAUUCUCAUGGACCGUGUAUCUUUUGCGCUUCCAUGUAUAUGUUGGGAUUGCGCCAUUUCUCAAAAGCAGCUGAACCAUAGACACAGACCGUUGCCGGACAGCUAG